AUUCACCUAACGGAAUGGUAAAGUGUAAUACUAUUACUGUCGUCGGUGCAUUAGUGGGUGCAUCUUUAAAAAGGAGAAAACAACGUGAAACGUAAGUACGCGUAAACGCUUCUAUUUAAAUAGCAUCGUGCUUUCACAGAAUUCUUAGCGUGAUGUAAAUCCGCUACGAUAGCGAAUGCUAAUCUUUGCGAACGUACGUUGGCUUAAUACAACUCGAUUCGUUCCCCAGUCGUACGAAUUUUAUAUUACAAUUCAUUCGUAGGUUUUCAAACAAUUUUUAGUACCGCGUAUAAUCAUCGCAUUUUUUAAGGCGUCGGCGUAGAACACGAAAGCAGGAAACUUGAGUGAAAGAGGCUGCAGUGACAGUGGUUUCGAGGUCAGUGGAACACGCGGAAAGUUUCAUUAUAAGCGUUAAACAGUGUUUACGAGGAUGGGUAAAAUCGUAAAAUGGUUGAGAUCAGUUGGAUGGGUUAGAUGGGUGAAAUGGGUAAAAUGGGGCCCGCGGGAAUCAAACGAAAACCAAAAGAUACGAGCGAUUUCUGGGGCGAAUCGUCGUCGAGUUUACCUGAUCCACGAUAUUCACCGGAUCUUUCGCCUACCGAUUGCCACUUUUUCAAGGAUCCCGAUAGCCUUGAAAAAUGCUGUUUUACUAGUGGGAAAAGUUUGGCUGGAUGGAACCGGAGCAAGUAGGUAAACUCGUUUCUCGUUGGUGUAAGUGUGGCUCGUAUUCAUCUCGAAAAAGGUUCCUAGCUACCUUUCUCCCAAUCGAGCAUGGAUUAAAAUAAAGGAGUAUCCGUUGCCCGUAGGGCUCUCGCUACGUCACCGUGGGGCCCCGUGACACACAUCAAUGAACUGAAAUGUAACGGUACCGGCAACAGUGACCUACUCACCGGGCGACGUGCUCUGUCUUCCCAUUUCUUCCCUUGUUCUUCCUCUCGUUCUCUCUUGGUUGUCGGUCAAGCGAGCGUCGAACGCUCGCUCACCAACGAGACUCCUCUAUGUACAUACAACUCUGUACUUUUACCACCGCGAACCGGCAGAGUUCCGAGUUCUAACCGAGCCUCGCAUUCGCAUGUUCUCAUGUUCCCCCGUGUGCCGCCGGCUGAUUACAGCCAGUAAUGAAAGCGUUCUCCUCGCGCGUGGAGGUGCUGUCAUGUAGCCGCGAAUCUCCCUCUGUUGUCGUCCUUUUAACGGUAGCAAUCGGAUCGUCAGUGAAAACGAUUCGCCCGAGGACUACGGGCGUGAUCGACGACCUUCCGGGCCCCUGGUCCAAAACUCCGAACUAACGUUUAACGCGAGUUAUGAAUGUAAUCGUGCUUCUCGUCCUCCAGGUGAUUGCAUAUCAACACGUGAGAUGUCAAGGAGGUGGUGGUGGACCGAGUACCUUCGGUUAUGAUGCAUCCUCGGCUUGCAGCAAACCGUAUUCGCGUUCCAGUCGUGCGCGAUUCGCAAAUCUUCCUUGCGACUUGCGACGACAAAACUGGUGCGCGAUUGCUGGCAGUGCUUAUCCAUGGCAUGCAGUUCGACGUUUCGUACAAGAAAAUCAAGGACUAAUGAGACGUAUGUACGGAGAUGAACGGCAUAUUAACGUAUUGAGAGCAGAAUUCGAGAGAAAUGAUAUCGAACUAAAAGAUGACGAUCGUCGUCAUCAUUUUGCCGAGGAAUACAGAAAAUACCAGUACACGCACGAUUACGAAGACUUUGAGAGCGAAGCCAAUUUAAAGAUACAAAGCGACGAGUACGAACGACGUGGCUUCACGAGCAGAUCUUUCAACGAUAAUGGCGUUCAACGAUUGAACAAAUUUCCAAAAUUAAGCGAAUACACCAGGCCUCAUUUUCGACCAACUGAAAAAUCUACCGCUUCAACGGCAACCAUCGCAACACCAACGUCGACAAAGAUGUCUUCCAUCACGGAAACGCCAUCAUCCUCUAUGGUUACGUCGUCGACGACAGGUUCGACCGUUCGCGAACCGAUCACCACCACGGCCAUUCCGUCGACGACGAUUUCGGUGAAUAGCGUAAACAACGACGGAAAGGAGAACGCGACGGAAACGAUCGAGCAGUCGCCGGUGAUGAUUUCUCACAUCGUCAAGGAACAGAAUUUCAGCAUCAAUGAAAUUCCUGAGCAAAUCGACAGGAUCGACGAGGAGCAAGAACAGGAGGUGGUGGACGACGAGGAGAAAACGAUCAAUGUGUCGGAUGUUCCCGAUGCCGAUUUCGACGAAACGUCUACGAUCAGUUUACCCGGUACCACGGAACUACCGGCUGAACUUGACAUGAACCUAUCAGGGGAGCUAUUCGCCACGCCGAAAGAAACGACCGCUCACGGGACUUUUAGUUCGAGCGAGCAACACCAGUUCAAACCUCGACCAGAAUAUCGACCAGCGAAUAAGCCGGAAGCUUCUUCUAUGGAAGGCCAGCUGUAUCAGGACGUUGCCGCGAAAGAUCAACAGGAACAACCGGUUUUGAAGCUCAGAGGAGUAAACGCUUGUCCCGUAAAAGAGGAGGUGGUUGCACCAUUCUGGGCGAAUAAUACCAGAGGCGAAGUACUGGCACUUCUGAAUCUCUAUCCGUUUGAACAAUACGUUCAUUGGGAAAAAUGCACACACGAAAACAAGCAGAUGUACUGCAGAGAUGGAUGCAGAUGCGAACAACAAUACAGACUCCACAGGUUGCUGGCUUACGAUCCUAAUAACGAGUGCCGUGGUAUCUUCAGUGAUUGGUUCAAAUUUCCAAGCUGUUGCGUCUGUCGCUGUUACGAUUUACCCCUUGAAUUUCGUGUCACGUCACGGUCUCCUCGCACUCAGAAACAAAUCAAAGUACGUCCACCGCGUACCCGAUACGCGUAA